CGGGGAAACAUACUACUAAGACAACAUCCUUUCCUUCACUAAUCGAUCAUCUCGAAAGAGGCUACCAUAAAUCAUGCCACCUCCUACUUCGCCUGAUUCCAAUAAAAGGGGUCGUGCAAAUGCAGGUUUCACAAUAGGUGAUGGAACGAAAACACCCGAAAGCAAAGAUACUUCACCUGAAAGACGUCCAGUAAGAGAUCCAGGAUUACGUUUACCCGCAUUCACAACGAUGAAAAAAGAUGGCGAAGAGCUCGUAUCAGAAUCUGAAGAUGAACAAAGUGCAUAUAAUAGAUGGUCAAAAGAUCAACCACUUACGCCCAAUAUCGCAGAAAGUGCACAACAGCUAAGAAGAUCACUAAGCGUUCAUGGAUUACAUGAAUUGGCAAAUAUGCCGCCAAAACAACUCAGAAGUGCGGUUGGCAGCAAGAUCUGGAGACCACACGAUGAACCAACCAAAAUACCAAGCGACUGGGAACGUUUGGCUGUUCACGUCGUAAGAGGAGGUUUACGAUCAUUCAACUUAGCAUUCAUGUUGCGUGGAUCAGUGAUGCUAGUGUUCGCAUUGAUUCGUGCUUUACGAACAAAGAAAGCUCAAGGAAAAGCUUUUUUGAUCGCUUUCUUUGGCGCAGAGAAUAUCCGAUUCAGUUUGAUGUUUGCUGCUUGGUCAAUGCUGUACAAAGCAACAUCCAAUUCACUCAGGCUGAUGACGCCUCUUUCAAACGCAUCAAAGACAAGAGGGCAAAGAUCGAAGUCUGUCCCUUCCACUAGCAAAGGAGGCGGUGCCUCAAUGAGCAGACAAAGCAGCAGCGGAGGUCAUGUUUCUGGUACAGCCACACCACGAAGUGGAUGGAAAGAAUUAGAAGGUAAAGAAGGAGAAGAAUUGGCAAAAGCAAAAUCCAAACAGAAACACAGAGCAUUCAUGCGCGAUCCUAGAAGUCGUGUUUGGCAUGCUUAUCUUGCAGGUGCCGUUAGUGGUUUGGCUAUCCUUGUCGAACGUAAAGAUAGUCGAAUCGGUCUUGCUCAACAAUUGGUCGUCCGUGGUUUGGAAGGUACGUACAACAAUGCUCAUUCGAAGGGACUGAUUAGCAUUCCUAAUGGUGCCGUUCUCACUUUUGGUUUGGCAUGUGGUCAAAUUAUGUAUGCCUGGCUCAACAAACCUGAAACACUACCAAGAGGAUACAUCUCUUGGAUCACUCAAGCAUCCCACAUUUCACCUACCGCUUUGCCCAUUCACCGCGAUUCAAUGAACGGUAAAACGGCAAGCGUUGAUACGAUUAAAUCAUUCUUCCCCGGAGGUGAAUUGCCUGCACCUACAAUCUCUUCCAGUGGAAGAGAGAUUUUCCCCAAUAUUGCAGCAAACAAACAAAAUCGUCGGGGUAUUGUUGGAUCAAACGUCAAGCGGAUCCGUGAUAUGAUUGAACAGGUAAAGAAUGGCAAGGUGUACGAUCACGUUCCAUGUGAAGUUGUUCAUCCAUGGGAAUCAAGCCAUCUUUGGAGUCCUGUCGAUCGUUUCUUGGAAGUGACGAGAUGGAUUUUGCCAGUUUACAUGACUUUGCACUUUGUUCCCGCCAUCUUCUUACGUAUGAGAGCAUUCCGAAAAGAUCCUCUUCGUGUCUUUUUGAGAUCAUUGUUUGGAUCCGUUCGCUCUUCCUCCUUCUUGGGAGCAUUUGUGAUCAUUUUCCAAACACUUUUCUGCACUUGUCAUUCUUUGCACGAUAAGAUCAUCAACGAUCCUCGUCUAUUAGCAAUCGUGCCAGAAUGGGCUCGUAAAUUUCUCGUUGGAACUGCGAUGCAUUGGUGGGCCGGUUUCGCAACCUGUCUUUCGCUGUUCAUCGAACACAAACGUAGAAGAACAGAAUUGGCAAUGUACGUCUUGCCAAAAGGAAUGGAAAGUGCUUGGAGCGUCGCUCGUCAACGUUCUUGGGUACCUUUUGUACCUGGUGGAGAUCUUUUGCUCACAAGUGCUGGUAUGUCACUCGUCAUGGGAACUUAUGCUCAAAAUCCCGAUCAUCUCUCAGGUAUCGUUCGUAGAAUCGUAUAUCAAUUCGUUGGUCGUAAUUAG